AUGGAGGCGCUGGAGGAGGAAGGGCUGGAGCCAUUGUUGCGGAGAGAGUUGCGGAAGAAUAGGAUCGGAGGAAGAUCACAAUCCUCAAAAAGCCUUUUCAUCCAUGACUCCAUCUUCAUCCUGCAUUUGCCUUGUUGGCUACCUCGCCGUGAUGUCCCUCCUCUUUGUUCGGUUACUGCCGAUGUCGACUUCCUCUACAACAGCUUCAAGCACGCCACCGACCUGAGCCUAGACGGUUCGGCGUCGAUCUUGAGUGGCGGCGCUCUCCAGCUUACCAACGACAGCAACAACCUCAUGGGCCAUGCCUUCUUCGACUCGCCGGCGCAAGUUGUCAGCGGCAACGUCGUUGUCUCCUUCAGCACGGCCUUCGUAUUCGAUAUCGUGACCGGUGGCCCCGGCGGUGACCAUGUGGGCCUGGCCUUCGUGGUCGCAGCCUCAAAGGUGCUGCCCGGUGCGACUGCCGAGCAGUAUCUCGGCCUCCUCGAUGGCAAGAACAAUCUGGGCAACUCCAGCAACCACGUCUUCGCCGUGGAGUUCGACACUGUGCAGGCAAACGGGCUGCUCAACAAGACCAACGGCAACCACGUCGGCGUCGACCUGAACAGCCUCGUGUCCAACGUGUCGGAGCCGGCCGGGUACUUCACCGACGACGGCAAGAACAUCUCCGUAACGCUCGAGAGUGCACAAUCAAUUCAGGCAUGGGUAGACUAUGACGGCAGCUCCAAGAUCCUCAACGUGACCAUAGCUCCGGUGUCCGUGGCAAGUCGGCCUCACCGGCCGCUCAUAUCCCACGCCAUUGACCUCCUGCCGAUCUUUAAACAAGACAUGUACGUCGGCUUCUCGGCGGCGACCGGGAAGUUGGCGAGCUCACACGACAUCCUUGCAUGGAGCUUCCGUACCGGAGGAGCUGCCCAAGCCAUUGAUCUCUCCCGGCUCCCGAAAGUUCCAAAGCCUCCCGCUCCCCCACCUUCCAUGUCCACCGUCGUCAACAUCGUGGCUGUAUCUUGCGUGGUCACGCUCACCGCUAUCGUUGUGGCGAUCGCUUUUGCGCUUUGGCUGCGGCGGAGGGCCGUCCUCGCCGAGACGCUCGAGGAGUGGGAGCUUGACCACCCUCACAGGUUAUCGUACAAAGAACUGUACAGGGCCACCAAGGGGUUCAGGAACAGUGUGCUCCUCGGCGCCGGUGGCUUCGGCCAGGUGUACAAAGGUGUGCUCCGGCGCUCCGGCGAUGUCGUGGCCAUCAAGCGCAUCUUGAGCAACGGCACACAGGGGAUGCGCGAGUUCGUGGCCGAGGUCGCGAGCCUCGGGCGCAUGCGGCACCGGAACCUGGUCGAGCUGCGCGGGUGGUGCAAGCGCGGGCUGGACCUGCUCCUGGUCUACGAGUUCAUGCCCAACGGCAGCCUCGACGCGCACCUGUUCGGCCGCGCCGGCGCCAUCAUGCCCCCAAAGCCCCUGCUGACAUGGGGGCAGCGCGUCAGGAUCCUCAGGGGCGUCGCGUCCGGGCUGGUGUACCUGCACGAGGAGUGGGAGCAGGUGGUGCUGCACCGCGACGUCAGCAACGUCCUCCUCGGCGCGGACAUGGCCCCGCGGCUCGGCGACUUCGGCCUCGCGCGCCUCUACGAGCACGGCGCGGACCCCGACACGACGCGCAUCGUCGGGACGCUGGGGUACAUGGCGCCGGAGCUCACCGUGACCGCCAAGGCCAGCAAGGAAACCGACGUGUUCGCGUUCGGCGCGCUGCUCCUCGAGGUCGCCUGCGGCCGCCGGCCCAUCGAUCCCGUCACCGGCGUCAACCUGCUGCACUGGCUCCGAGACCACGGCGCCAAAGGCGACCUGUUGCGCGCCGUGGACGAGAGGCCGGACGGGCGCUACGACAAGGAGGAGGCGAAGCUGGUGCUGUGGCUGGGCCUCAUGCGGCCGGAGGCGAGGCCCAGCAUGCGGCAGGUCUGCCAGUAUCUGGACGGCGAGCUUGGGAUGCAGGAGGAGGCCGUGCUCGUCUUCUCGGACGCCUGCUCCUUCGACUUCGUGUCGUUGUCGACCCUGACGUGGUCGUCGUGCUGGUGCAACACAAUGUCCGUGGGUUCACUUCUAGGCGGCCGAUGAUCAUGCUCGGUUACCUGCUCCUCCCUCGCGUGCCUCUACUGUUUUUUCCUUUUAACGAAUGAAGCAUGAGACGCCUCUACUGUUUUUGUGUUCCCUGAUGCUUUUCGAAAGAAAUCGGUUGUGUGGAAGUGUGUAUGAAGAUCAAGCUGCUUACUACUAGUACUAGUCAUUGAAAAAGCGAUUACCAGUUGCCGCCGCAGAUUAGUAUCGGUGGGGUCCGUGCUGCCGCUGCCACUGGCGUGGUGCGACUUCGAGCGUGAGGAGGGCGCGUACCUCGACACAAGAGUCUUGCCCGUGGCGUGGCCUUUCCACGGAAGAAGAGGCUGGCCGCCGGUGGUCGGCAGGUUCCCGGGGACGGGGAGGCCGGCCGCCUGGCCCGGCGAGAGCGGCCGUCUCGUCGCCGCUGGCGCGCGCCUGUGCUGGAGCCUGGAGGCGGCCCUCUUUCUCGGAUGGAGACGCGGCUCACGUGGGUUCAAUCUCGGCCGCGCGCCGUCUGCUGUCGUUGCGACUGCGAGAAGGUGAGGACUAACCUGCAACCAAGCGCAGCAACCCGUUCA